AUGCUUCUCUUCUGCCCCUCCUGCAGCAACAUCCUCACUGUCUCCGUAACUCCUCAUUCCUCGACCCCCGCGCCCACCUCGACACAAGAUCUCACCGGCGCAAACCGUCUCGAAUGUCUCACCUGUCCCUACCAAUACAUCCUCACCCGCUCCAUCUUCGACCGCAAAACCUUUGUGCGCGAAGAGAAAGAAGAUGUAUUUGGAGGCAAAGAUGCCUGGGCCAAUGCCGAUACUUAUCCCAAACAAUGCGCGAAUAGUGAGUGUAAUGGUAUGGUGGCUGCGGCGAGGUUUGUGCAGAUUCGCAGUGCGGAUGAACCGAUGACGGGAUUUUAUAGGUGUAUGACAUGUGCAAACCAAUGGAGAGAGAACUAG